GGGGUGUAUAUAUGCGCGCUUUUGUAAGCCCUCUUUCUUUCAGCUCAUGGCGAAACCAGAAUCAAUGAAAGUUCUUGAAGCUUGUCGGGUAGCUCCGGCUCCGCCGGCAACAACCACUUCCGCCGCCGCAUCGGAAACCUCCCUACCGUUCACCUUUUUCGACGUACUUUGGCUGAGAUUUCCCCCUGUUGAGCGUCUUUUCUUCUACGAAUUCCCUCACCCACCUUCCUCCUUCUUCCAUUCCCUUCUUCCAAAACUCAAACUUUCCCUGUCUCUCACUCUCCGCCACUUUCUUCCUCUCGCCGGCAACAUUGUCUGGCCACCACCCUCCCCGAAACCCUUCAUCCGCUAUGUUCCCGGUGACGGCGUCUCACUCACCGUCGCCGAGUCCAACGCAGAUUUCAACCUUCUCUCUGGUUCAGAGUUCCCAGAAGCCGAGGAAAUCCGCCUGCUGGUACCGGACUUGACUGUUUCCGAUGAAAAAGCUUCUCUCAUGAGUCUGCAAAUCACUUUGUUUCCGAACUCAGGAUUCUCUAUUGGAAUCACCACCCACCAUGCAACCAUGGACGGCAAAACAUCAACCUUGUUCCUAAAGUCAUGGGCUUAUCUCUGCUCUAAUAUCCGAGAAUCGUCAUCAGUUUUAUCGUUACCGGAGAAUCUGAGGCCAUCGUUCGACAGGUCAGUGGUGAAAGAUCCGUCAGGGAUUGCUGAGAAAUUCGCGAGUUUUUGGUUAAAUCAAGGUGGACCAAACAACAAAAGCUUGAUGUUAUGGAACAUGAAGAAAACGGAUCAAGGGAAGCUAAUAAGGGGGACAUUCGAAUUGCUUCCUUCGAAUAUUCAAAAGCUUAAGAAAUCUGCGGAGUCAAAGCUGAACAACAAGGCAAUUCAUCUAUCAACCUUCUCAAUAACAAGUGCCUAUUUGUUGAACUGCUUGGUCAAAGCAGAACAAACAAAACACGAUAAAGUGUUGUUCAUAUUCAGUGCGGAUUGUAGAUCUCGUUUGGAUCCUCCAAUUCCAUCUGCAUAUUUUGGAAACUGCAUUGGUGGGGCUAAGGCUGAGGCUGAGACCAAGAACUUGCUAGGGGAUGAUGGGUUCAUUGUUGCACUUGAGGCCAUAAGUGAAGCUUUGAAGAGAUUGGAAAGUGAAGAAAUAUUAAGUUUAGCGGAAACAUGGAUAUCUGAUAUGGAAACUUUUGGACUGACUGAUACUUACAGAAUGUUUUCAACAGCAGGAUCACCACGAUUUCAAGUUUAUAGUAAUGAUUUUGGAUGGGGAAGACCGAAGAAGGUGGAGAUAGUUUCUAUAGACAGGACAGGAGCUUUUUCUCUUGCAGAAAGCAGUAAUGGAGGUAUUGAGAUUGGGUUGGUGAUGAACAGAACUCAAAUGGAAGCUUUUUCUGCUAUUUUUCUCAAAGGUCUUUCUUCCUGAUCGUUCGCUUAAAAACAAAACCGUUAUUGCUUUGAGUUUGAGGUAUGGUACUUUUACAGCAGAAAAGUUGAAAUAAUUUUGCUUCCAUUGUUGAAUGCUUCUAGUGAGAUGGUAGCUGCCAGCUUAUUCUCCAUCUGUAAUAUUCCCGUUUUUUGCC